AUGAAUGAUAUUGGUGGAUGUGAUAAAACAGCCUAUGGAUGGCAUCCAUUAAGUCCAGAUGGUGCCACAGAUGACGCCACCUACGCAAGUGUUGUCAAAACGGAGUUUCCUCUAGAUGACGACAUGUUCGACAUCAGCAAG